CUCAGGGCCUGAAGACACACACACCUUUAAUCCAGAUCUUGAGGCUAGAAGCCACACCCUAAAUUGGGCCACACCUUCUGCAGGAAGCCUAUAAAAGGACAUGAAAGCAGGAAGCUCUUGCUAUUUGCCUGCUUGCCCUCACCUUGCAACAAGUCCUUCCCUUCCCUGGCAAUAGAGAAUAUUUGGAAAUCCAGCAUAUUCUGAAGACCAGUGGACACAUCCAACAUCCUGGACUGAGUGAAGAGAAAACAAUUGCUAGUUCUUCAUAUUGGAUCCAGUUUAACCUUCAAAUUACCUGCAGGAGAAAUGGCAGGAGAUGGGACAGCCCAGAGAUGGGACCACACUCAAAUCAGCCUUCAGAAUUUCUCCUACAUGUGGACCAUCAGCAACUUCCGAUUUAUUCUGGAGGAAAUAACAGAAAGCAUUAGAAGCCCAACUUUCUCAACAGGAGCCAAUGACAAAUGGUGUUUGACAGUAUACCCAAAGGGAGUCGAUGAAGUAAGUGCAGAUUACCUGUCAGUUAACCUCGUUUUGCUCAGCUGUCUAAAGAGUCAUGUUUGGGCAAAGUUUCAGUUCUGGAUCCUAAGCGCCAAAGGAGAGAAAAUGCAAACCAUGAGGAGCCCAAGAGCCUUUAAGUUCAUGCCAGGCUGCGACUGGGGAUUCAAAAAGUACAUCCUUCGAGAUUUCCUCCUGUCCCAUGAGCCUAGUCUUCUCUCAGAUGACCAGCUUACCCUUGUCUGCAAGGUGAGCAUGGUCCAGGUCUCUUUGCACAUCUCUGACCAGAACAGGAAGCCAAGGAUCCAGGUUCCCAGAUGCACAUUGGCUGAUGAGAUAGGAGACCUGUGGGAGAAUUCCCGAUUCACAGACUGCUGCCUGGUGGUAGCUGGGCAGGAAUUCCAAGCUCACAAGGCCAUCUUAGCAGCUCGCUCUCCAGUUUUCAGAGCCAUGUUUCAACAUGACAUGGAGGAGAGCAGAAAGAAGCGCUUUGAGAUCCCUGACCUGGAGCCACAAAUCUUCAAGGCAAUGAUGGACUUCAUUUAUACCGGAAAAACACCAGACCUGGACAGCAUGGCAGCUGCUCUAAUGGCAGCUGCUGACAAGUAUGGCCUGGAGCGUUUGAAGGUCAUGUGUGAGGAUGCCCUCUGCAGAGACCUCUCUGUGGAGAAUGCUGCCCACACUCUGGUCCUGGCUGACCUCCACAGUUCAGAGCAGCUGAAAACCCAGGCACUGGAUUUCAUUACAGCUCAUGCUGCUGAGGUCUGUGAGACCUCAGGCUGGAAGGCAAUGGUGGGCUUAUAUCCCCAUUUAGUGGCUGAAGCAUACCGUUCCCUGGCUUCAGCUCAUCUCCCUCUCUUGGAGCCCCCUUUCAAACGCUUGAAGCAAUCCUAG